AUGGAAGCGGAGGAUGAUUGGGAAUCAUCUUCAGGAGAAGUUACUGACACUGAUCAGUUCAACGAUGAAGACAUUUACUCCACUUCUACUUCUCUAUCCAAGUUGCAAUUCAGGAGUGAUGCUUCAAAGGCUAAAUGGAAUGGUGAGAUGGGAAUGGCUGAAGUUAUUGAAAAGAAAGGAAAAAUGUGGAUUACUACAGGGAUUGUUCGUAAUGGCAAGACUUUUUGCUUGAUUGAGGAGACCUUGUUUUUGGCUGAAAUAGGGGCAUUGCUUGUUAUGGAUGAAAAUGAUGAGUGUCUUUCAUUGAAAGACAUAUACAGGAAGAUUGCUGAAGAAAAGAGUGGGUGCUGCUGGGAGCUUUUUGAGGUUUAUAGACACUUGAAGUCUCUUGGUUACAUUGUUGGGCGUCAUGGUGUUCCUUGGAGUAUGAAGGGUGUUGAGAAUAACAGUGAAUCUUGUUCUUCUCAAGGGACUAUUCAAAAGAACGGGGUUGUAGAUACUGAAGUGAAUGGAAUGACUUGUGUUGUACAGAUGCUCGGUAAUUUGCAAGUUGAUGAGCUGAGACUAAAUUUUAACGUUUAUCUUCCAAAUAGCAAGUUUAGAAAGUCAUCACCUGGUGAUCCAGCCUUUCUUCUAUGCUUAGUUAGGGGAAGUCCACCAUCCAUCACAAAAAGUGCAGCUCUUGAGAGACAGUGUGGUGGGAUUCCUUUGAAGUUUUGCCAUGUAGAGCAUGGGCGUGUCACUUCAGCAGCUGAUAAGAGGAUGCCAAGCAUAACUGAGCUCUGUACAGGAUUAUGCAUCCCUUGGCUUAGAGAUCUUCGGCUUUUAUGCAAAUCAUUCUCCACACAAAAGUCUUUUGAUUCUGUUUUAUCUCUAUUCCCUUGUCGAGAAGACAAGCCCCAACUGGAAAGGAUACAGCCUAAGAUCCUUUUAGCAUCCUGA